CGAGGAUUAUAAUAAUUCAAUCAAAAUGAAGUUUCUUCUUAUUAUUGCUUUCGCUCUAGCCAUUGUUUCAGCAUCAUCUGGAGUGGCUGAUUUCAUGAAGAAUGUGAGUUUGAAAGUCGAUUCAUGUGAUACUACAAUUUUUGAAGGUACAACUCUAUCUCCAACAGGUGUUGACGCUACCUUUGUUAUGAGAUUAGAUAUUGGCAAAGACAUCUUCUCAUACACUCUUGGAUACGUAGAUACUGCUUUUGGCAAGUUCACUAAUCUGACUUAUGCUUGGGACUUCAACACUGAAAAGAGUUACAUCCAUACCACUGGAGAUGAUUUCUGCAUGGAUGAUGAAUUUGAAAGCCCAAAGACUUCUGAAUUCAAUUCAUUCUUUAAGUGGCUUAUAGACUAUUUGGACAACAAUGCGAUAUCUGAACACCAAAUCAUUGAUGGUGUCGAACAUUUAGUAGUACACUUCAGCUACAACAUCGAAAACGCAGCCACCGUAAUCUACAAUGAGAAAGGAGAUAACUUCCAACAGAUGGCUGGCAUGUUCCAAGGGACUCCAUUCUCAAUUGACUUCACAAGUGCUUCCGACAACAGGUGCACCCCCACCGAAGAGCACAUCCCAAAGUCAUGCACAGUCUAG